GCCUAAUUAGAACAACUAAAAUGUCUUCUCAGCAGCUUUUGAUCACUUUGUCAUUGUGAACUGAACUCCUCACCAGCAGGUGGCGGUAAUGCUCACCAGAGCUGUUUGUCCACCGCAGUAAACCCACGAAGAAGAAUCCUGCUGCGCACGUGCUGACGUCCAUCUUGACGUCGUUCCACAGUUGCUGUGGUUCUCGUAGCAAAGCAGGAGGUGGGAUGGUGUUGUUGUGUAGCUAAAGUUGCUGGUUUGAUGGCGGGUUGUGGUGCUUUAGGGCAACGUGUGAAUGUCUGUGGUGAAAAGGUGUUGAGUUGAGCCCCAGAGAGAGAUUAGCAACGAGCAGAAAGUGCUGCUGAAGAAAGAUUGACGGAGUUGAAAGAAGUCUUGGUGGAGCCGGAGGAAGAGAUGGAGGAUGAGCGCAGACUGCUGGAUUUCAGCCGGAUCCCCCUGAUAAUCUUACAGCGAAUAGAUCCCCAAAAUUCUUGCUUCUCUACAGAGGAGGGCGUUCACACUGAGCUUUGCACCCCGGAGAGAAACUCCACUGUAGAUGAGCAGGAAUCACAACCUCGACAGAUAAAAGAGGAGAAUGAGGAACAAGAACAUCCACAAUUUAAAGACGAGGAGAGGCCACUCUACAUCAGUCAGUCUGAAAAGCAACUUGCCCUGAAACAGGAGACUAAAGACAUUUUAAUGAUAUCUUCUAACGUGCAAAGACUCCCCAAUGAAACAGAACAAAGCAGGAACAAACUCAUCUCUCAAGCCUCCCCAGAAGUUCAGAACCAGGACGAGGAAGGAAACAAUCAGGAACCAGAAAAAAAGAGAGAAGAACAGAAGCACAAACAGCCGAAAAGAACUGCUGACAUUUCAAAACCAAAAAGUAACAAGAAACCUCACCCUGACCAAUAUAUGUAUUCUUGUAAAACUGGUUAUGAAAACCUUUCUCAAUCAAAGCCCUUGAGUACAAACACAAGAACAGACAAGGCACAGAAUCCUUUCUCAUGUAUGAGCUGUGGGAAAAAGUUCACCUAUAGAACCAGUUUAGAAAUUCACAUGAGAACUCACACGGGUGAGAAGUGUUGGUCAUGUGUGACUUGCGGAAAGAGCUUUAGUCGACCAAGCGUUUUAAAAAAUCACAUUAGAUCUCACACAGGUGAGAAGCCUUUCACAUGUGCGACCUGUGGAAAAGGUUUUGGCCAAAAAGGCUAUUUAAAAACUCACAUGAGAACUCACACAGGUGAGAAGCCUUUCACAUGUGUGACUUGUGGGAAAAGUUUUGGUCAUAAAAACAGUUUAAAAGCUCACAUGAAAACUCACACAGGUGAGAAGCCUUAUACAUGUGUGACCUGUGGGAAAAGUUUUGUUCAUAAACACUAUUUAAAAGCUCACAUGAGAUCCCACACAGCUGAGAAACCUUUCAAAUGUGAGAUGUGUAAAAAAUGUUAUAAAAUAAAAUCCAAUUUAUUAUAUCACAUGAAAAGUCACACAGGUGAGAAACCUUUAAAAUGUGAGACCUGUGGGAAACGUUUUGGUUACCAAAGCAAUUUAAAAGCUCAUAUGAGAACUCACACAGGUGAGAAGCCUUUUACAUGUGUGACAUGUGGCAAAAGGUUUGGACAUAAAAAAAAAUUAGAAGCUCACAUGAGAACUCACACAGGUGAGAAGCCUUUUCACAUGUGUGACAUGUGGCAAAAGGUUUGGUCAUAAAAAAAAUUUAGAAGCUCACAUGAGAACUCACACAGGUGAGAAGCCUUUCACAUGUCUGACCUGUGGGAAAAGUUUUGGGAAAUUACAGAGCUUUAAA